AUGAUGUUGUCCAAGUUCCAGGCACUAACGCUUCUCAAUGGCCUAGUAUUGGCUGCUGCGCCUUAUCAGCAACCUGACUGCACAAAGGAACCUCUUCGUUCAAAUGGAAUAUGCGAUACCACGGCCUCGCCUGCCGAAAGGGCUGCAGCUUUGGUCGCGGCCUUGAAUCCACGUGAGAAAGUCAACAACCUUGUCAGUAAUGCUACAGGUGCCCCAAGGAUUGGUCUACCCAGGUACAACUGGUGGAACGAAGCUCUCCACGGUGUAGCUGGUGCACCCGGCAAUGAUUAUAACGAUGAACCCCCUUACGACUCGGCAACUUCAUUUCCGAUGCCUCUUCUCAUGGGUUCCACCUUUGACGAUGACCUGAUCCAUGACAUUGGCGAGGUUAUCGGCACAGAGGCACGUGCUUGGAACAACGGUGGUUGGGGAGGGGGCGUAGACUACUGGACGCCCAAUGUCAAUCCUUUCAAAGAUCCACGCUGGGGCCGUGGCUCCGAAACACCAGGCGAAGAUGCUCUCCAUGUCAGUCGUUAUGCACGAGCUAUGGUUCGUGGUCUUGAGGGCGAUAAGAAGCAGCGUCGUAUUGUUGCCACCUGCAAGCAUUAUGCUGGUAAUGACUUUGAGAAUUGGGGUGGUCAAACGCGUCAUAACUUCAAUGCCAAGAUCACUCCCCAGGACUUAGCAGAGUACUAUGUGCGUCCUUUCCAGGAGUGUACUCGGGACUCUCAUGUUGGAAGCAUUAUGUGUGCAUAUAAUGCGGUGAACGGGGUACCUGCGUGUGCGAACUCAUACCUCCAAGAGACUCUACUGAGGAAGCACUGGAACUGGACCCACACAAAUAACUGGAUCACAAGCGACUGUGGCGCUAUGCAGGAUAUCUGGCAGCACCAUAACUACACAAAGACUGGUGCUGAAGCGGCCAAAGUCGCCUUUGAGAAUGGCCAGGAUUCUAGCUGUGAGUAUACCACUACGAAGGACAUAUUAGAUUCCUACGAGCAAGGCCUUUUGACAGAAAAGGUCAUGGAUCGUGCUCUUCAACGUCUCUUCGAGGGACUUGUUCACACUGGUUUUUUCGACGGUGAUAAAUCAGAAUGGGCUUCACUCGACUUUGACAACGUGAAUACCAAACACGCUCAGGACCUGGCUCUGCAGUCUGCUGUACGUGGUGCGGUUCUCCUGAAGAAUGAUAAGACUCUGCCUCUCAAAAUAAAGCAGAAGGAGAGUGUAGCUUUGAUCGGUUUCUGGGCCGAUGAUGAAACAAAACUACAAGGCGGCUACUCGGGCCCAGCGCCUUAUGUCCGCACCCCAGCUUAUGCCGCCAAGAAGUUGGGUUUGAAGACCAAUGUCGCUUGGGGUCCAACUUUACAGAAUACCUCAGUACCUGACAACUGGACUACCAAUGCUCUGGAAGCUGCUAAGAAGUCUGACUACAUUGUGUACUUGGGUGGUCUUGAUGUGUCAGCUGCCGGCGAGGAGCUGGAUCGUACAGAUCUUGACUGGCCUAGUACUCAGUUGACUCUACUCAAGAAACUGUCCAAGCUUGGCAAACCGUUAGUUGUGGUUCAGCUGGGCGAUCAAGUUGACGAUACUCCCUUGCUGAAGGAUAAGGGUGUCAAUAGUAUUCUCUGGGUCAACUACCCUGGCCAAGAAGGUGGAACUGCUGUCAUGGAUCUUAUCACAGGCCGUAAAAGUCCUGCCGGACGUCUCCCACUGACUCAAUACCCCAGCAAGUAUGCGGAACAAGUCGGUAUGUUGGAGAUGGAGCUGAGACCUACAAAGUCUAGUCCCGGAAGAACUUACCGUUGGUAUUCUGAUUCGGUGUUACCAUUCGGCUUUGGAAAGCACUACACCACUUUCAAAGCCAAUUUCAAAUCUCACAAGAUCGAGAUGAACAUACAGAAGCUCCUCAAGGGUUGCGACGCGACUUAUGCUGAUACCUGUCCCUUACCUUCAAUUCACUUGAGUGUAAAGAACACAGGCCGUGCAACGUCGGAUUUCGUAUCUCUUGUCUUUAUAGAGAGCAAGGUUGGACCCAAGCCUUACCCACUAAAGACCCUUGCCGCUUAUGCGCGCUCACACAACAUCAAGCCGCGUGCAACGAAGGAUGUCAAACUUCAGUGGACAAUGGAUAACAUUGCGCGGAGGGAGAAGAAUGGUGAUUUAGUUGUGUACCCUGGGACGUAUACACUAUUACUUGAUGAGCCAACACAAGCCAAGAUCAAGGUGAAGUUGACGGGAGAAAAGACAUUAUUGGACAAAUGGCCAGAGUAUCAUGGGUCGGACUAA